UUGGCUUAUAAUAAAAAACCUCUGCGUCCCCAGAAGUUCAUGCGAUGAUUGGGUGCAGAAUUGUGCAUCGAAAAUCAGCAGGCUGGAGCCGCUGCAGCCGCCGGAGGGUUUGGUAGCAGCCAACGGGGGACUGAGAGGCGGACGAUGCCGCAGCACGGUGCUCUGCUGCAUGGUUUGUGUCCGGGAUUAGCCGCUACUUAGCUCCGACUGCUCUGGAGACGCAGCGCAGCUCCGAGCCGCGCGUCAGGUGGAUGCGCCUGCAGUGAUCCAGGUCGCCCCUAUGGAUCGCGCCCCAUGGAUGUCUUCAAACCCGCUUUGGACAAUAGUUUGAGUCCCAAGGCGUGCGUUUCCUCGUCGGAAGAAGCGGAGGCUGAUGUUUUCCGCUGGCCGGAGAACGGCACCGGAGCCGCGCCGGAUGCGGAACCCGCCGCUCCGGGCUUCUGGACGGCCGUGUUCGACUAUGAGGCGAGUGCGGACGACGAGCUCAGCCUGCGGAGGGGAGACCUGGUGGAGGUGCUGUCCAAGGACUCCUUGGUGUCCGGGGAUGAGGGCUGGUGGACCGGGAUGAUCGCGGACCGGGUGGGCAUUUUCCCGUCCAAUUAUGUGAGCAGAGGCAGCGGCAUGCCGGAGGAGAUCCGGGACACAUCGGAGCAGCAGUACCCGGUGCCUCCUCUGCACCUCCUGGAGAUCGAUUUCUCCGAGCUCACCCUGGAAGAAAUCAUCGGGGUCGGGGGUUUCGGUAAGGUCUACCGGGCCGUGUGGCGGGGCUGCGAGGUGGCGGUGAAGGCGGCCCGGCGUGACCCGGACGAGGACGUGGAGCAGACGUUGGAGAGCGUCCGACAGGAGGCCAAGCUGUUCGCCAUGCUCAACCACCCCAACAUCAUGGCUCUGCUCGGGGUGUGUCUGCAAGAGCCCAACCUGUGCCUGGUCAUGGAGUACGCUCGAGGAGGGCCCCUGAACCGGGCCCUCGCCGGGAAACGCAUCCCGCCGUGCACGCUGGUGGACUGGGCCGUGCAGAUCGCCCGAGGGAUGCACUACCUCCACAGCCAGGCCAUCGUCCCCAUCAUCCACCGGGACCUCAAGUCCAGCAACAUCCUCAUCCUGGAGAGGGUCGAGAUGGAAGACCUCAGCAACAAGACCCUGAAGAUCACCGACUUCGGCCUGGCCCGGGAGUGGCACCGAACCACCAAGAUGAGCGCCGCCGGCACCUACGCCUGGAUGGCUCCGGAAGUCAUCCGCUCGUCCACGUUCUCCAAAGGCAGCGACGUGUGGAGUUAUGGCGUUCUGCUGUGGGAGCUGCUGACUGGAGAAGUUCCAUUUCGGGGAAUCGAUGGUCUCGCUGUUGCUUACGGAGUGGCGAUGAAUAAACUGGCUCUGCCGAUUCCUUCGACUUGUCCUGAACCUUUUGCGCGUCUUAUGGAGGACUGCUGGAGCUCAGACCCUCACUCUCGGCCGCAGUUCACAACUGUGUUGGACCAUCUGACCGCCAUCGAAGAGUCGGGCUUCUUUGAGAUGCCGGCGGAGUCUUUCCACUCUCUGCAGGACGACUGGAAGCUGGAGAUCCAGGAGAUGUUUGAUCAGCUGAGGACCAAGGAGAAGGAGCUGCGGUCGUGGGAGGAGGAACUGACCCGAGCGGCGCUGCAGCAGAAGUGCCAGGAGGAGGCGCUGAGGAGGCGCGAGCAGGAGCUGGCCGAGAGGGAGAUCCACAUCCUGGAGAGAGAGCUCAACAUCAUCAUCCACCAGCUCUACCAGGAGAAGCCUCACGUGGAGAGCAGGCAGGGGAAGUUCCGCCGCAACCGCCUUAAACUCAAGGAUGGCAACAGGAUCAGCCUCCCUUCAGAUUUUCAGCACAAAAUCACAGUGCAGGCGUCUCCCUCCCACGACCGGCGGAGGAGUUUGCUCAGCAGCAGCUCCAGUCCUCCAACUAGUCCACCGAUGCUGCCUCGCCUGAGAGCCAUCCAGCUCACUCCAGGAGAAGGCUGCACAGCUUGGGGUCGCAGUGCCGGUUUUCAGCAGGACGACGAGGAAAGCGAGAGGAAGGGCUCCAGGAAGAAGGGCCGAUCCCGAGGAUGUGGCCCCUACAGGGAGCACAGCGCUGACGCCAGCAUGAAGCCUCCCCAUGAAGGCAGCAGGCAGCGAUCCUGCAGCGCCCCGAACCUCCGCAGAUCCCCGAGACACAGUCCGGCGGUGCCUGGAGUGCCGAGCCUCGUGGAGAUGGAAAAUGAAGACUGCUGCUUCACCACUGAGCCGGGAGAAGCUUCUGGUCAGUCCUACCUCUGUAUUCCCUUCCACAAGGAGGCCCACACAGCUGCUGCUGCUGCUGCUGACGGUGAUGGAGAGGAGUACUGCCUCAGCGGCCAGGCUCCAUCAACCCCACCCUGCAGGAAGAGCCCGGUCGGGGGCCGGCGCUCCGAGCUGGUCCUGCUGGGCUGUGGAGCUCUGCUGGCGGCCGUUGGACUUGGCUGCAACCUGCUGACUAUGGCUCAACCUGAAGAGAGCAUCAAACCGCGGUGGGAGGGCUUCUUCCACAGGUCAGGAGGUCAGAGACGGAGCACCAGCCCUCCGACUCGAAGACUGUUCCGGCGGGAAAGCCCUCUAAAACCCUCUGCGCCAUCGCUACCGGAGCGAGGUUUGCCCUCUUCGUACACGCUGCUGUCCUUAUCGUCGGUGUCCGACUGCAACUCGACUCGUUCGCUGCUGCGCUCGGACAGCGAGGAGCUGCUGGUUUACCGUCCCGCCUCGCCUCCUCCUGCCGCCUCACAGCAUCCAGCCAUCCAAACGCCGGUCAACCCUCUGGUCAACACUCACCUGGAGAGCUUCAAGCGGAACCCCCACCAGUCCCUCACGCCCACACACAUCCCCUCGGCCCCGAGCUCCUCCCGUAGCCUUCGUCGAACCCCGUCGGACGGAGCCAUCAAGAAGAACUGCCCAACUAAUCAUCUGGAACCGCUGCCGGAAAAAACGGCACUGGAGAACACAGCAGCUGGUUUCAGAGGUUUAAAAGAAGACUGUUCUGAGGUCCCCCGUCUCCCUAACCCGAACGUCGUGUUCCCUCCAACACCUCGGCGUCGCUGCGCUCCUGAACGCCCAAAAACUCUGGACUUCAUGUCUCGUCCUCGGCCUUCUCCACGAGCUCGCUGCGACGUGUUCUGGGCCGAAGCGACCCGAGGAAACGGACAGAACCCGGGUAACGGUGAAUCUCCCGCCCACACCUCCAGCACAGAAACUCCCCCCACCGUGGAGUUUGGCAGAGACCCGGCGGUGCUGCCCACCCCCAUGGAGGCCCCGACGCCCUUCCCCCGCAGGAACCAGAACCUGCUGGACCGGCAGGACGAGGGACAGUACCGGGACGGAACGGUGCCGCUCUGCAGACCAGAGCUCAGCCUUCCCAAAGAGUCUCCGUACCGCUACAAACCGGGAUUCUGGUCCUAAAUCGGUCCAACAGCGAGGAGACUGUUCCUGCUGUAGCCUUUGCAUUGUCACAAGUCUGGGUCAGUUAGUUCAAAUAAAUCUGGGAUUGGUUCUCCAUCUACACUACUGUUAGUAGACUACAGGAAGACAUUUACUGUGAAUAUUUUCUGACAUUUGUUGCUGUUAUUUGCGGUAAAAUCUUCCAAUAUGGCAUCAAAAGCCAAAUAUCUGGCUGCAGCCUGCAGAACGGGAUUUGACCCAUUAAUGCCACCAAGCAUGAUUUGAUUGGUUUAAAUGUCAAAUAUGGGCGGAGUUAAUGGUGAUUUAAUUGGUUUAGCUCAGGGGUGUCAAGCUCAUUUCAGUUCAGUCGCCCACAUACAGCCCAGUGUGAUCUCAAGUGGAAAUCUGAGCAUAAUAGCCUAAAAAUAGCCAAAACUCCAAAUGUUUCCCUUUACUUUGGUGGAAAAUAGUACAUUCUGGAAAUGUUCACAUCUUUUUACAAGACGUGAAAGAGCAACUUGAAAAAUAAGUGCAACUUCAACAAUAUCAUGCUUCAGUUUGUCAUUUACACAUUACAACUUGCAGAUCAGAGUAUCUGCAAAUGACAAUUUUAAAAUAGUAGUUAUGUUUGGUGAAAAAUUGCAGUUGAUUUCUUCUCUGUAGUUUUACACUUUGCGUGUUAUAUUUGACACCCCUUGUUUAGACUGUUUGUUUCACGGUCGACGCCUUUUGAAGUUAUUUUUAAAAAUGUUAUCUACAAAGCGUUAAACACUCUGGCUGCAUUCCAAAUCACAUUCUUCAUACUUUACAUAUGUACUGUAGUACGAACUACGGCUGCCUCCUCAAAGUACAUUUUGUUUCUUGCAGAUUGCACACAACUGGGACAGACUAAUUUGUAAUAAUUUUGCACCUUCAACUUUAAUCGUUGCAGUCUGUAAUGCAAAAUGCUCUGUCAUGUGUUCCACAUGGUUGGCAGCUCCAACUUGUGUCCAACACCAAGAUGUAGGGACCUAACAGUGCAAAGGAUUGUGGGUCAGAAUGGGCAGAAAAGUAUGAUGGCUUGCAUCUUUCAUAUUUACGUCCAACCAAAAAUAGAAGGACAUCCUGGUAUUUUGGGCGUACUAUGUUAGUCAUACUAUGUAGGGGGACAUGCUAAAUAUUUUUAUAAUAUUAUAUAUUACAGUAGGAUGGAUAUUGGGACGCAGCCAGUGUUUCUUGUUCACCCAUUUAUGCAUCAAUGGCAGCAGAGCUUCCACACAAGAUAUUUGUCUGCUGUUGGCAUUGAGGUUCACUGUCUUGCACAUGGAUGCUUUGGUGCAUUAUGGGAUAUUGAUGAGAAAAUUUCCCAACUUCUUAAGCUAAUUCACUGUUGUGAACUAUGUUAUCAUUUCAGAAGAUUAAACUACCUAACAACAGAUGAAGUCCUAUAAGCUCAGCCUUAAAUAACAACAGCAGCAUCAAGGAACAUUUGUAGUGACAGUGACCUGGAACAUUGUUCUGCAGAAUGCGUGCUUUUAUUUUUCAUAUUUCACGUAAAUGUGUCUCAGAAACGCUUGUAUACUUUUAUUUACCUAAGGUUCUAAAUUCAGAGCAGGUUUAGUCAAACCAUGUACAUUUUUGCAUCAGUUAGUAAAAGAGAUGGACUAUCUGGCAUUGAAACUACAGACAUUAACAAGGUCAUUCUGGUUAGUCAUAAUGACAGAGAUAUUUCUAAUUCAGUUUUCACUGGUCAAAUUCUAAAUUAUGACGGCAUCAUUAGAAGCAUCAUCAGAAAGUUUCUCGUGAGGUCCCCCAUUGGAUAAAGCAUUAGAAGAGGUAAUGGUGGCAGCUGUGGUGGAUAAAAGUGCAAAAAAUGCAGUUAAAUUGGAAAAUCACUUCAGCGAGGACUUUGUGAGGAACAAGAUGGCGGAAAUUUACUAGAACUUUAGCCUCUAAUGUGGCGUUAAACAGCUUGUCAUAUGCAGUUCUAAAUGUGGUGCCAUAGUAUGCUUGAAAAGCAAACCGCCUCCACCUCCCAAAUGCAGCAGCUUCUAACCUAACUACAGAUGUCUGUCAUUUUGCCUUGUCAGGAUAUCCGUAGUUAGAUUUCGACCAUGCAGAAUUCCAGUUUGAGAUAGUUACAUUAUUCCGACAAGUUCAAACUUAAUUUAAAAUACCUAAAAUUUAUAAUAAAUAUGUCUUAAAUUGAGUGGAAUUAAAGAUAUCUUGAAGUAGACUUAAAGCAAGUCAGAAUUAAAGUUACAAAAGAUAAAUAAAACUAGACUUAAUAGAAGUCAUAAUUCAGUUGCAGAUAUCUGGAUAUUUGCAACAGAAUUUAAAAUAUCUGACAUGAGAACCACAUGAAUGCUAAAAGUGACGUCAUUUGCGCUGGAAGAAUGACAUUAUGGAUAUUGAAAGCAUUCUUUCUGACUUGGAAGAACUGAAUUACAGAUCUCUUAUCCAGUCUCGCUAUUAAAUUGUAAACCUGCUUGCUCUCCAACCACCAGCUAUCCAUCUGACAAGAUCCACACAAUUUAUGUUAAAUGUCGCCCAAAUUCAGUCGUUAAACCGAUCAAAUCACGAUGAAUGGGAUUAAAUGUUGAACUGUUUUUCAUUCUGCAGGCUGCAGCUGAGUCCUCAUCUCUGAAGCUGCUCCAACAAACCACGAAAAGUGUCUGAAAAUCACAUUUGAACGGGUGUGUUUGUUCAUGCACUGGAGGAAGAGAACAGUCAGAAACGGCGUCAUUUGUCAUUGAACAGCUCGAAGGAUUUUAGUUUUUCUUUCCUUUGGGGGCAUAAAGCGAUAAAACGGCUUUAGAGCAGAGCAGCAUCGACCCUCUCACUAAGCUUUACAUACUUUUCUUGAUUUCAAGCCUGAGUUCAAGACUGUGCAUUCAGUGAAGUGCACUUUUAGAAAGCAUCAUGAAUGUAAAGCUUCAGGUUUAUUUCCAUUUAAAAAAAACAACAAACAUCUGAUUUGUAAUCCGUCUGUUAAAAUGAUUGUGUUCCUGUUUCGUCGUCACCAGUCACCUCUACAGGGUCAAAUCCCAAAGGACGGGUUGGAUGCUGUUGUAAAAUACGAGCACUUCUUUGCAUUAGCGAGCUGCAACCUUCAAACGAGGAAUGUCACUGCUGCUUGGUUUCCAGUCGGGACCGAAACACUGUCAGAAAGACACAACGAGUACGUCAUGAAUCCUCUGUCUUGUCUGUUAUCUGUGUGUGAUCCUGUUAAAGCGGCCGAAACAUUUGUCCAAACUGAAAAGGGAACUUUGUAAAUGUAAAAUGUCUGCCUCGUAAAAAAAAAAGACCAAGAGACGAAGGAUGCAAAGUUUCAGGCCCUGGUGGCACCUUGAUUCUCACUUCUGAUUAUUUAUAUUUGCUUUAAUUUAUUUCAUUUUAUUUAUUGGUUAAUUUAUCUAAUGGUUUAUUUUUAUAAUCUUAUUUGCCUUGAUUGUUUUUUUGACACUCGUUAAUGCUGUCUGUGAAUGUUUUAUUUGUGUGUGUUUUUCAGCAUUUGGACAAAACAUCUGCUUUUAUUCUGAAACUAUAGUCACAUUGAAUUUGCUGUAUAUUUGUCAUUUUCAGCUUCACUACAUAUCACUGUCUUUUCUUUUCAGAAACACAAAGAAAACAAGCAAUUUUACAACAAAAUUGUCUCUUUAUUAACCUGUGAUGGGCAUUUUUUUCAUUAUUUUCUGUCACUUUAUGGACUGAAUAUUUAAUUUUUAAUCAAGAAAAUGAUUUAUCACAUUUUGAUGAGCUAAAUGCAUGUGAACUGCACAUAAUUACAUUUAAUUUCUGUAUUUGACAUGGGUUUGUCCUCACCAGACUGGGGUUAAAUGUUAUUUUCAAGUAAUAUUUGUGUUUGUUUUGACCUGUGAGAUACUGCAACGUGCAAAAUUAGCAGAUAUUUAAAGGAGAAUUUACUCGAUUUCUACAAAUCAACUGUCUGCCCACCAGGUUAAAAACCAAAAAACAGCUACAACAGAAAAAUAAUUAACAGAAACACUAUCUGAUGUUGGUCUUAAAGCCUGAUUCUCUCGUUUUACUUUCGAUAAGUGACCUCUGAUGUUUGAUCUUGUCUUUAUCCUAAGUGUGACCCGACAUACAUGUAAAUGUGAAUGCUUUUCUCUGAGGACUCUGGAGAACGAACAGUAUUUCAACUUCGGGUGCUGUUGAAGUUGAAAAGAAGCUACGGCGAAAUGUGACCACGAAUAAGCUGAACUUACUGUUGCUAACGGACUCUGAUCAGGUCGGGAUUCUACUGUUCUUGACUGACUUGUAUUUGCACUGGAACACACUGAUUUGAGUAAAAUCAUAGCAAACAA